GGAGGAGGAGGAGGAGGAGAGGGACGAGGGGGAGGAGGAGGAGGAGGAGGAGGAGAAAAACCGACCAAAACACAAAACGGCUGAACCGGCCUGACAGCCUCCCCCUUCCCCUUUCCCCCUCGUGGUGAGAAGACGCUGAGACAAUGUUCUACGCCCACUUCGUCCUCAGCAAACGUGGGCCGCUGGCCAAGAUCUGGCUGGCGGCCCACUGGGACAAGAAGCUGACCAAAGCCCACGUGUUCGAGUGCAAUCUGGAGAGCAGCGUGGAGAGCAUCAUCUCACCCAAGGUGAAAAUGGCUUUACGGACAUCGGGGCACCUGCUGCUGGGGGUGGUUAGGAUCUACCACAGGAAGGCCAAGUACCUGCUGGCAGACUGUAAUGAGGCCUUCAUCAAGAUCAAGAUGGCGUUUAGACCAGGUGUGGUGGAUCUUCCAGAGGAGAACAGAGAAGCAGCCUACAACGCCAUCACUCUCCCUGAGGAGUUCCACGACUUCGACCAGCCACUGCCCGACCUCGAUGACAUUGACGUGGCUCAGCAGUUCAACUUGAACCAGAGCAGAGUGGAGGAGAUCACCAUGAGAGAGGAGGUGGGCAACCUCAACCUGCUGCAGGACAAUGACUUUGCUGACUUCGGGAUGGACGACCGCGAGAUGAUGCGGGAGGAGAGUGCGUUCGAGGUGGACAUCAUGGCGACGUCAGCUUCCAACCUGCUGCUGGAGGCUGAGGGCGUGGCUAAUCCGAUGGUGGACAAGUCCAACCACCUGGAGUACGACGACCACUACAAGGACGACUUCGGGGACAACCCCAUGGAGAGCAGUGAGGGAGGCAUGCUGGUGGACAAGCUUCUGAGCAACGAGGACGGGGGUGGCAUCUUUGACGACCCUCCCGCCAUCACAGCGAGCGUGAUGAUGCCUCAGGACCACGGAGAUGACGACGAUGACUUUGACGCACUCUCAGCGGGAGCUCCAGACAGUCCAGACUCAGGCCCAACAGAGCCUCUACCAGUCAUGGCAGACCAGACGGAACAGACGGCGCUGGUUCACAACGAGGAAGAAACCUUCGCCCUGGAGCCGAUUGACAUCACAGUGAAGGAGACCAAGGCAAAGCGAAAGAGGAAGUUGAUUGUGGACAGCGUGAAGGAGUUGGACAGUAAAACCAUCCGUGCGCAGCUCUCUGACUACUCAGACAUCGUCACCACGCUGGACCUGGCGCCUCCCACCAAGAAGCUGAUGAUGUGGAAGGAGACCGGGGGGGUCGAGAAGCUCUUCUCCCUGCCAGCUCAGUCUCUCUGGAACAUGAGGCUGCUCAAGAUGUUCACAAGGUGCCUGACGCCGCUGGUACCUGAUGAGCUGAGGAAGAGGAGGAAAGGCGGCGAGGCCGACAGUCUGGACGAGUUCCUCAAAGAUCUGGAGAAUCCAGAGGUCCCCAGAGAGGAAACAACAGGUCCCCAGCAGAGAGACAUCAUGGACCAGACCAUCAUGGAGGAGGCCAGCGUGCUUCAGCCUGCAGCUGUGGAGGGCAGCAGGACAACGCUGGACGAGUCAGUGAUGCCGCCACCAUCUUCCCAACGAGGCAUGAAACGCAAAUCCCAGGACACAGAGCCAGACCUGCCUAUGGGAGCUUUGGAUGAGCAGCAGCAGCAGCAGCAGCAGCAGUUGGAGACAUCCUCCAAUGUGGAUUUGCCUCCAGAGGAGACCAUCACCACAAACAUCAGUCAGCUGAUAGAGUUGGACCUGCUCGUUGACAAGAAGAAGAACGAUGACGACUCUGAUGAAGAGGAGGAGGAGGCGCAGGGAGACCAAGACCAGGAGGAGAGGAGGUGGAACAAAAGGACCCAGCAGAUGCUCCAUGGCCUCCAGCGGGUGAUGGACAAAACAGGCACCCAGUCGAUCAGCCUGCUGGACCUGUGCUGCAACAACAACAAGAAGCAGGCGGCAGCCAAGUUCUACAGCUUCCUGGUUCUGAAGAAGCAGCAGGCGGUGGAGCUGGUCCAGGAGGAGCCUUACAGUGACAUCAUCGCCACGCCUGGACCUCGCUUCCACAUCAUCUAGAAAACUUCCCUUAACCUUUGGUUUGUGUGUUAACUUCAUAAAAGCUUAAUUUAUUUAUUUGAGUUUAUUGACUUUGUUUUAGAAGUGAUGUGGUUUUGUUUUUUUUGUACUGGUGAUGUAUUUAUUUUAAUUUUCUGUCUGAAAUACUACAGAAAGAUUCUACCAAUCUGCACUUCAAUGUUUGGAGUUGCUUUUACUCGUCUAUCUUAAGAUUUGUUUACAGUAGAAGACGACUGUGUGUUUGUGCUCUGAUAACUGAAUCGAAUGUCCCACUGCUGCAUGAAGAACAUCUCAUCUGCAGUGUUGUCAUGUACACAGGCAUCAGUCAAAAAGAAGCAUGCACUAUAUCCGGGUUCUGCAGGAGUACAGUUAAACAGUUACUAAAAUAGUGAUUUGCAAACUCAACCAGCAAUUAAACAUUACACAACUGUAGCGUAGCACUUAAAGCAUAACAAACUCUGCUUGCUAGAGCUGUGUCCCAAAUCUGCACAAGCAGGACUUACAGUGUGACGCUUGUUUGAACUAGACAAAACAAAGUAGACAAAGACAAACAGUAGAACUUUUAAGGUGCUGUUGUUGUACACUAUUCUCCUACGAUACAUUUCACAAAGCUUCUUGUAAAAAUAAUAAUAACUAUUUGCUGAUGAAAGAGCUGGAGAACAGCUUAAAUACGACUACUGGACAAUCGAAAUACACGGCAUUGAUUUUCUAAAGACAGUUUGAUUGAUGUCUGAUGCCACAUUUGUUUGUAAUAAAUAGCUGAGAAUGCUGGUUUCCUCUAA